UGUAUUAUAUAAUGUCUCGUAACACCCUAGUGACAGUCAUGCCGCGGGUACUAAGCGAGAUUAUUACAUGACGCCGGGUACCUAAGUAUCAUGACAAGAGUUUAAAAAAGUUUUCGUGUCUGAGUUUCCUCGCCGGUUUUUGAGGCAAAACAAACUCAAAUGAUUCGCGCUUAUUACCUUCAUUAUAUGAAAUAUUUCAUAGGCAUUUCGUUCCAAUAACCUGCGUGACAUUAUUCCACUAUUAACUAGCGAUCGCCCAACACAAAGUACUCAAGGGUAAGAUAGUACAUUUUCACGGACGAAAUUAAUCAAUCAAAUUUGCUUCGUAGCUUUAGUUAGAUUAAGUAGGCUUUUUAUUAAUUCAUCGACAUUUUUCGGUAAACUGCAAGCAGCUGCAUACAGGAAUAAGUCCCUAUUCAAAAGUGCGUUCGGCUCGCCUUGGAAAGUUCCCUUCAAAUGUACCGCGCGGUCUGUUUCAUGUGGUGUUUGAGAGAGUUUAAUAUCGUUUCCCGUCCGCGAUUGGUCAAUUUCCACACUCCAAAUAAAACGUUAUGUUGAUUAAGGCCCGUUUUGGCCUCUAUAUUGUUUCAGAAUGUUUACUUUUGAUCAACAAUUGGAAGCGAAACUCAGGGUAAUUUUCGAGUGGACACACAAACAAAAAGAUCGAGUUUGUUUCACCGUCGUAAUUCUGUUGUAAGAUGCACACUUCGGGUCUUGUAACAACGUUUGUAGUGACCGAACACCGAUAAAGGAACAAAUGUGGGAGAGGAAUUUCUAAACGUCGUCUUGACUCCAAACAUAAGUUUGACUUACGUUGGCAAAUAUGGUUUCGUUAUAGAUACAAAAACAUCUGUAAACGAGACUAAAUAAGGGGGUACUCCUUCACUUUCAUUGCAUGGUAUCACCUCACGCGUUGAAAGCUUCUCGGUCACUUUGGACGCUAAAACUGAAGAAAAAUGAUCUCCUUAUUCGGUAAUAUUCGGCAAGCAAGUAUACUCAGAAACUCUCAUACAAUCUGAAUACUUUCAUGAAGAUUUCACUAGACUGAGACCAGCUUCCUUCGGUAUAGUACUGAAGCUACUCUCUGCUCCAUUGUAGAUGAAUACUAGUCCGGGAAUCCUGUAUAAAAGCUAGCAUUUUAUCUUCUGCAUGCAAGUUCCGCAAGACACGCUUCAGACAUAGUUGCGCCCCUAUAAUUUCUCGCAAAGGCUUGUGAUUAUCAUUGUGCAUUUUUUUCUGCAAAUUAAGAACAAUUUCCUGGUAAUUUGCCUCAUAGCAUUAAACAGAAUCCUGUAUUUAAGAUCCAUCUAGAAAGGUAUACACUCGUUCACGUCUUGCAUAUAUACAUGCAUGCUUGGGGGUUUUGUUUCAAAAUCGAUAUCGUGCUUUAAAUGAGUGAGCCUCAGGAAGAUGGAGAGUUACUAUAGUAUCACAACUUGAUGACAAAAACGCCUUUGCAACGGGCCACAUUGAUAUCGAAUCACAAAUACUGCACAAACAUAAGAGUAGAUGGUUUGCGGUGUUACUUUAAUAAACCAAAUUUCGCGUAGAUUGCAUAACAAUGCUGAAGGAACAAAAUGAAAGAAGUGCAAUUAGUUGAUAGUGUAGAAAACAAUUGCUCUGGCUAACUCGUUAAUGCAUCUUAGUUUUGUGAGUGUUCUAACACUGGCAAGCGUUCAAAAGUUGAAGAGUAAUUUCAAAGAGACAAUUACUCGCAAUGUAACGCCAAUUUCUAAAAUACGGUGUUGCGUAGAUUUUAAACAAGAUAUGAGAGUCGACUACAUAAAGACAUGUGCAGGAUUAUGUUUCUGUCUUCGUUGCAUUGUGCAUUGUAACAACCUGCAGAUGUCUGAUCUCAAACAAUUCUCUAGUAAAAGUUACUGAAUACAAAAUUAAACGCGUUCACGCAAACGUCAUGAAUGAUUUUUCUAAUAGACUUUUUCUAAUAGCCUUCUCAUCAGGACUUUCGUUCAAGGCACAACACUGAUCGCAAUUGUUUUCAAAUUGUUUGAAGAAUCGCACUACGAAAUUCAGAAAUAAUUUUAACGCUUGGCCAAUUAACAAUUGAAGGUGUUUUGUACAAAGAGUAAUGUAAGGUGUCUCCUCAUUCGAGCUUGCCAAAUGUCUUAAGGUUAAUAUCGUUUACUCUUAUCGAUCUCUCUCAAACACAGUAAAAUUGUCCCUGUGCAUUCUAAGAUACAGUUGAAUUUUUUUAAAUUUUGUAAUUUUAUUAUCCUGAACAUCUUUAACAUGAAGUUAGCUCUCAGCUGAGAUAUAAAACAUAUUUGAAGGAACGCCCAUUUUUCAAAGUCGAUUCAGUCAAAAUAACAGUUUGAAAAUCGGCUGGAAAGUAUUUGAGUAACCCUGGCUACAAGGAUAUUUAACCCCUAGAUUGGCUCACAGUUAAAAGCUAUGCAGGAACUGUAGGACUAAAGAUAUAGUUCUAAUUAGUAAUUAAUAUUUUAUUAAUCGGAAUAAUGCCUACGAUAGCUUGCUGGGAUAUGGCAAAGCAAUUUUGAAAAACAUUCUCUUGUCUGACAAACAAACGAAGUUUGUUGUCUUGGAAUUGGUCAUUGAUAUUCUAUUGCAUUUAAAUACAUUGCAAGCUUGCCAACAACAAAUCACUUUGUGGAGAAUGCAAACACGAAGUACCCUUCUUAUGUUUUACACCCAAAAUGCUUGUAGUUUACAUUGCUUUUGAAACCUAAACCUUUUCAUGAUGCUUGUAAGUUAACGUAUCAGAGUAUCUGAUUAGAACCAAGAAAGAAGUAAUAUGAAAAAAAUACGAGCACUUCAACAGUAAACAAAUAUGGCAAAAAACACAAAUGAAAAAAAAAAGAAAUUCCAGUAAUAGACAAGCACAUCAAUUCAAUGAAACUUUUGUAGUGCAACCACAGCACAGUAAAUGUCAAGCAACAAUAUAAAAUAGAAAACUUCAGUUGGUGAUAAUUGUAUAAGCCAAUUUUCGUCAGAAAUAGAAUUGGGAAACUGUCUUGUUACAAACAAUGAAUCUGGGAGAAUUGUUCUUCACAUUAAGAUAGCAACAAUGAGCCAAAAUAAAUGCAGUUAGAAGCAUUAUAAAAAAGCCCAAAAGCUGUUACAAAUCUUCGCCGAAAUGAUAUUAUAGUUCAAAGGUAUGCUGGGCUAAACAGGUUUAUGGAUAAGUUAAAAGAGGACAGCAGGUAUAAAAUAACAAAAUAAAAAUGCACUUAAAUUGUUUGUUUUAUGCUGUGUCUUCCUGAGUAUACUACGGAGAUAUCUCGUAUGCAGUAAAUGAGAGAUGAGAGAGACAUUAAUAGCAAAUCAUUUAUAACGUUCACAGCGUCAAUUAUCACUAUUAAAUAUUAAUCUGACGUGAUUUGCUUUCAUGCGUUUCACUCGCUUGCGCCAAGGACACCUGAAAUAGUUUUAUUAGAAGCGAGACGACGGUGAGCGGUGAUUGGCUGCGCGUGUCGCGACAUAUUAAUUCGCAUAUAAUAACCCGCCUACAAAGAGAAGCCGAAACUUUGAGCCGGAUCACAAGAUUAAGUCAUGGACUCGGGAACUACGCUCAUGUCUCGAGACGAUCUAGAUGGAAAUUCCUUAAACAGCGAGCCAUCUUUACUUGAUCUUGUCCCAAGUUUAGAACACAAUAUAACUGGUUUGAUAGCAAACCAUGAUAAUGGCAAAUCGCCUGAUGGAAAAGUCUCACCGACAGAGAUCAAGAGAACAAGCGAUACUGUAGUCGUCGACGAAGAUGACGCGAAGUCGGAGUCCCAACUCUCGAAGCAGAAGCGACAUCGAACUCGGUUUACUCCGACACAGCUUAAUGAGCUUGAGAGAUGUUUCUCACGAACCCACUACCCAGAUGUCUUCAUGAGGGAAGACCUCGCAGCGCGUAUUGGUCUGACAGAAUCUAGAGUCCAGGUUUGGUUUCAAAAUCGUCGCGCAAAAUGGAAAAAACGCAAGAAGACUACGUCAGUUCUCCGACCCCCAGCUCCAAUUCUACCCUCUCAUCUUGCGCAGAGUUACAACCCUAACCCCCUAGAUCCCCUAUGUACAUACCAUAACGACCACAGAUGGCCUUCAGUAGCCCCAUCUGGAGUUCCAACCAUGGCGACGACCUCUCUUCCGUCCACGCAUUUCAACCAAUCAAAUCACGAUAUACUCCAACAAUCCUAUCAACAGCGAAACACUUUAAGUGGUUUAAAUCAACAGCUCAGUCAAUCCCCCCAGGUUGCUUAUCAAGCAGGGUACGCCUCCCGGGAUAUGCCCAUCUCUUCUUCACCAACUCUACAAGACCUCCAGUGUAAUAUUCCCAACGGGGGGGAAUAUUGGCGUGGUACAAGUAUAGCGCAAUUACGAAGGAAGGCUUUCGAACAUACAACUGGAUUUAGUUAUCGGUAAAAACAUACAUGUUAGAUAUUAGACAUUGAAAUCUGGGGUGCUUACUGUUACCAGGAUGUAUGUACGGCCAAAUUGUAGGUUUUUGGCAUUUAGAUCGCGGUUAUGGGUCCGUUUUUGCCCAUUUUAAAAAUUAGUUUGGCCAGUUUCAUGCAAGUUUUCAAAAUCUUCAUUCAAAUCUUUCCUCGACGACAGAGAUUUUUAUUUAACUGACCAGUCCGGUAAGCACCUUCAGCCGGUAACAGAACAUGGUCUCGCAAUUGAUACGACUAAAUAGAAACCAAUCUUUAAUUUGAGAAAGCAUUGUUUAAGAACGGGAAAUCCUUCGAAACUAACAUUGGGCACUCCAACAAGAUCAAUCCUGUAGUUUAAUCCUAGAGACAGAUAAAACCGCUUUUAACUCGAGACUGAACAAAUACGCAUGCAAAACGAACUCAGAAAGAUAACGCACACGUUCAUUUAGAUUGCAUUGCGUUUGAAACAAAUGCAACUCUUCAUUGGUUAACUUGAUAGACUCAUUGUAUAUGAUUUAUUCAUGUUUCCUGUGCUUGCGUUUUUGUGCCGAGUCAGUUGUCUAAGAGUGUGUUAUCUUUCAAACUAGUUUUCUUGUGUAUUUAAGUAGAAAUUAAAUAUUAAGAAUAGAUUCAGAGAAACUGAGAAUCAAAGUAUACAUAUUAGGUUAUUGUAGAUAGUUACUAAACUAUGGUGUGUUUAAAGGCAUACCUCAUAUAUAAUUAAGUAUAAGUAUUUAUUGAACAAGAGAUUAAUCAUAGAUUUUCCCAAAGCAAAAUGCGGCAGAAUUUAUGAAAUGUAAAUUUAGAAAUGUUGUCCACACAGCCGUUUGAAGACAGUGUUUAAUUUAACAAGGAUAAUGAAAAUAACAUUAUAAAUUUCCAUGCUAUUGUGAAUAUGAAUUUAAUAUGAAUAAAUUGUGAU